UGUAAAGUUUUUGGAUCUUCUAGUUUGGAUCAGUACAGACUGCAAACUGGAACCUGUGCGGCCGGAGCAUCAAGAGAAGUUGAACCGCGCGCUCCACGCAGGAGAACUGCUCGCCCUGCGCGUGGAGGACGGGACCCUGGGCUUUUGAAUGUAAGGGCAGGCGGGCACUUUACUGGAAUUCAGGGUUUACGAUUUAAAGUUUGCCGGAUCCUGAUUUCUGGAAUUACAAAUCUGCCCAAGCACAAGAGGAAAAGCAGAGCGGGGAACCAACUGAUGCUACAGUUGGACAGCGGACGCAAUAAAAUCUUGAAAAUGAAUAGCCUACGCCAAAUGAAGAUGAUAUUUAAUAUAAAACACAUCCUGUGGUUGUCCUUCCUCUGCAACACGACGGUUGGACUUGCGGACCGGUUUGUGGUGAUGCGGCCGGUCAUCGGCUCUCUCUCGGGGAGGGUGGUCCUGCCCUGCCACUUCUCCACCAUGCCCACGGUCGAGCCCGCCGUCAACAGCACCGCCACCCCGGACUACCUGCGCAUCAAGUGGACCAAGAUGGAGGACGGGGUGGAGAGCGUGGUGCUGGUGACCCAGAACGGGGUGAUCAAGAUCGGGCCGAGCUACAGGAACAGGGUGUCGGUGCCCAGCCACCCGGAGGACAUCGGGGACGCCUCUCUGACCGUGGUCAAGCUGAGGGCCAGCGACGCGGGGACUUACCGCUGCGAGGUCAUGUACGGAAUCGAGGACACGCAGGACACCGUCUCUCUGGAUGUCAGCGGUGUUGUGUUUCACUAUCGGGCAAGCGCUAGCCGGUACACGCUGGACUACCAGAGGGCCACCGAGGCCUGCGGCAGUGUAGGCGCCACCAUCGCCACCCCGGGUCAGCUGAGGUCGGCCUACGAGGACGGCUUCGACCAGUGCGACGCUGGCUGGCUCGCGGACCAGUCAGUCAGAUAUCCCAUCACGAAACCCAGGGCCGGUUGCUAUGGGGACAAAAAUUUAAAACCCGGCGUCAGAACGUAUGGAAUCCGGAACCCCACCGAGACCUACGACGUCUACUGCUACGUGGACAAGCUGGACGGUGAGGUGUACUACGCGCCCAUCUCUCGUAAGAUGACCCUGGAGGAAGCGCGGGAGGAGUGUGAGAGGAGGAGCUCCGCGCUGGCCACGCCCGGCCAGAUGCACGCGGCCUGGAGGCAGGGGCUGGACCGCUGCGACUACGGCUGGCUGUCCGACGGCAGCGCCCGGCUCCCCGUCUCCCACCCCCGGAAGCAGUGCGGGGGCGGGCUGAUCGGCGUCCGGACCAUGUACCGCUACCGAAACCAGACGGGGUUCCCCGAGCCCACCUCGAAGCUGGGAGCCUACUGCUUCAGAGGUAACCCUUGGAUGCAGUCGUCAUUCUCAGAUCAGGAAUGCUUUCGAAUCAAACCCCAGUGCUUUUGUAGACAGCGAGUGAGCCAGACGUCCUGGGUUGAUGUUUUUGUGAAGCGCAUCACCUGUGCUUCUUCUGCGCCGCUGACAGUUAAACCUGCCACGACCUCCUUGGAUUGGAGCACAGGAGCACCGGGUACCGAGCAACAGAGUCAGAGCCAAUCGGAGGCUGCUGCCGAGGCAACACAGGGAGCUGCGUUGGCAUCCGAACCCGAGUCAGCACACCCCUCGCAGUCCCCGCCCUUUCACACGGAAGGGCCAGGAAGCCCACAGGGCAUCACCGUGGGAACCACCGAAGAGCCGCCCUCCAUGUUCUCAGCCAGCAUGGCCCCCCCACGGCGGAGAGUCACGGACGAGAGCGAGCUGAUCACCCUGCUGCCCGCCACGGGCGCUACGGCCCUCUCGGACAUUGCCGCGACCACGCCCACCGAUGAUGAUUUUGACAUCGAGACUUUUGUUGGACAGAGCACAAGCCAGGUGGAGCCAGUGAUCAGGGGAGACUCCAAGCAGGAGGACAACGUCAGCGGCACUGAGAGCCCAGUCCGGUCCCCCACGGCGCUCCCACCGGCAGCGGGGGUUACGCUGGACACCGGCGCGGCCGGGGUCACCGGCAGUUCUCCCUCAACUGUCGCCGGUUCCCCUUCGCCGGUGGAGGAGGCCUUCCAGCACACCACGGCUCAGGUCCAGGACGGGAUGAGGUACGGCGACGCCGCAACGCCGCAGCCUGAAUCCGCCGACGAGGUUCUCGCGGUCUCCAGUGCCUCUUCCCUCAGCCCUUCUCGACCCACAGACGAGUCGUCAGAGCCUGGUUCCACUGAGAGCUCCGCCCCGGCGAGUACGCCUUCCCAGGAAUCUGGAGCAGGGCCUGCUGACAUCACUGCAGCCCAGCCUGUGGGCACCCAGGCAGGAGAGAGAGUCGCUGGACCCACAGGGCAAACAGGACCUCCAGAGGAUUCCACCACAUUUUCAGUGGGCAUGGUGACGCCUUCCAGCUUAAUCACCGGCGCUCCAAGUGCUCCGAUUGCUGCACAUGGGAAAACGUAUGAAACUAUAGUGGAUGGUAGCACGAUAGAGACGACUUCUGGUCUCGAAACCGAACCAGGACUUAGAGUCACAGGUUCUCCUGUGUCGGAUGUGGCUAAGAGCUCCGUUCCCACUGGGGAUGUUUCUGCAGUAGGUUCCACCAUGGAGCCCAUUGAGGAAGUGAGUGGAGCAUCUUCAGCUGCAUUACCUACCAGUACCACACCUGAUUCUCUGAAACCUGAAGUCCCCACUCAGAUUCCAACGGGACUCCAGUCUAGUGCCUUCCCCGACUACGACUUGGAUCUGUCUGCGACAUCCCUGCUGGAUGAGUUAGGCACUGGAGGCUUAGUGGACGCUUUGCCGCCCAGCCCUGUCAUCCCAGUGCAAAAGGAAGAGGACGAUGAGAAAGGCUCUUCAGAGAGCGCCACAUCAAUAGAACAGAAAAUGGACGUGGUUACGCCGGUCGCCUCAGUGAGAAAAACUACAGUCGCUGAAGAACUGCAAACCCCUUCCUCAUCUUCAGUGCCCGAGGUGACGGACGCGAGUGUGUCAGCAACCGCCAGCCCUGAGUCCGAGUCUGUCUUCACAGCAGCAAAGCCCAUUCCUACAACGGAGUCCUUGCCACAAUACUCUGGGGCUACCUCUGCAGACCAAGGAGAAGGGAAACCAGCCAUUGUGUACAAGGAGGCCUCCACAACAUCACAGCCAGAGGCAGCUGCGACACCCGCGACGAUGCCCGGUACAUCUGACACUCGUCUCGUGGUUUCCACGGCCACAGAGAGGCCCCCCGUCCUCACUGAGGGCGAGGCGGUCGAGGAUGCCACCAAAGAUGUGGUCAAAAUGGAGGAGUCCACCACCAGCAUCCCAGAGUGCACCGGCGAAUUGAUAGAGGGCACGCAUGUGACGACCAAGAUCGACAAGGAGGAUUUUGUACCGGCUAUUCCGGAAAUCACAUUACCUAGUGGGCUGCCAGUCCAUGUGAUCGUUGUCAAUGUUCAAGACACUAACCAAUCAGGUAAGCUCAAUUUUUUUUUCUGUGUUAGUUAAAUGUACCUGAAUCUCUUGGGCUUUUUUGGUGUAAUAUAAGUACAUUGGUUUGUGUAAACAGCAGCUGUGUUCCUAUCCAGAGAAUCACGUUUGGUAUAAUGUGUAUCGCUUUGCUUCAUUAGAGGUUGUCAUAACCACAUGUCACUGGGUCUGUAUUCAAACUGAUAAUGUCAAUGAACAUUAAUAGCUUUUAAUUUCUGCCAAAGCAUAUUUUUUGGUAGUAAAAUGUGUAUAUAGUAAAAUUGUUUGCUUCCUUAAUUAUAACGAUUAAUGUAACUUGUGGCGUAGAAAAUGAGAUAAGUAAAGUUCAGUCAGGACAACUCCCCACCCCACCCCCAGUACAUAGAAGCAGAUCCAGAAGCUGGGGUGAUGGAGGGUGAACAAUGAUUAUUACACCAGAAAUUGUUAGCACAGCAAUUGUUUGAGCAGAAAUUCUUGAAGCAGCAGAGCAUGCAAAGAGCAGUGCAGGUAAUGACUAGCACAGGAGCGGUCUGACUCUUGUUUUAAAAUGGGUGCUCCAUUAGUGAUGUGUGCAUGUGAUUGCUUGAGUAUGAGAACAUGUGGUUGCUGAGGCCGACCAAUGGUUAGCUGCAGCUAGAGUUUCCUGACUGAACAUAUUCAUUGAGUAUUAAGGUGGUGAAACGCACAAAAAUGAGGAGUGCAUUCCUUACCCUAGAAAAAAGUGUGUCAGACUUGCAUCAAAUAGGAUUAGUGGUCAUGUGCUGUCUGCAUGAGAUCCAGAUG